CUUAGCUUGAAAUUGUUGGAGUAGAUAAACUUAAGACCGCCGCAUCCGUUUCUUCUGAGACCUGUUUACCUUUUUCUCUUCCAAACUUUGUCGCAACCACUUACACCAGUACUUACUACACUUACACACAUUGCUCUGAACUUGACUACCCUGUUUACUAAGCUUACACUUAUACUAUACCAUCAUGGCCGACACUGAGCAGCAGCCCAAGCUCGUUGACGAGUCUCCCAUCUCUCCCGUAGAACGACGAAACUCCCUGGAAGCUCACCUCAAGCACCGCCCCGAACGCUCCGAGCUCGUAGAGAAGAACAUCCUCCCAGCCUCUACGGCAGCGCCAGGCCUCCAGGCGCAUCAGAAAGAGCUCGAGAAGCACAUGCUCGAGGAUAAGCUUAACGACAAGAUUUCACACCGUCCAGACCCAGAGGCUCUUAUUAAGGAGGGUGUCUUGCACGACGACCCGCGCACUGUUGCCCAGGACGAAGCAGCCAAAAAGUACGAAGAGGCCAUCGAGGACGAGUAUGCCAAGCGUGAGGGUGGCGCUUGAGCAUGAUGUCAUGCGACGGGGUCAUGAGCCUCGGUACUCAUGAUGCCAGAAAUGGAAAUCUUUUUUUUGGUAACGAAAUGAUUUGACUGGACUGUGAAUGGAUGGUUGUGUAUACAACUGAUAUGAAAUGAAUGGGCGCUAUUAGGCCUGGCUUGGGCAGUGGUAAUUGCUAUAGUAUAUCGACACUGUAAAAUCCCGAAAUGCCCAAAGCCUCAUACGACUGUGCACUAACACGAAGCUUGGGGUGUGAGGAUACAACGCUGACUGUUGUUCACACACCAUUUGGGCAGAGACAAAGCCAUUGAUCCGCAGAAAGUGGGAAUUCCAUCUCAUCUUUUUACAGUCUAAGCCAUUUUAAUGGAAAAUUCCAACGUGGAGAAACUCU